ACUCAGCCAUUCAAUAAGCAAAAAUACUCUUUUAAUCAAAUGUUAUACUGCACGUUAAUUUUCAAUCAUUUUAGGAUGUUGGCAUUAAAAUGGGCAGUGCUCGUGUAAAGAUAGUAGGGUGGGCUUUAUUCUUUUACUCCUUAUUUCAAAUUUUACUUUUCCUGCUAACAUUUGCUUUCCAUAAAGAUCCCGAUUGGAUAUCAUUAUUUAAAAUGAUGAACAACCUUAUUAUAUUUUCAUCAGCGUUCCAACUCAACAUUGCUGUCAAAAAGGAUAACAUGACCAUCGUCAAUGUGUCGGAAAUUAUGCUCAUCUCGACAUUAGUGGGAUUCGUGCUGUAUACUAUCAUUUUGCUGAUCAUGUUCAUCAAAGAAAAUCGAUACGGCCUUCCCUUUGUCGUUUUCCUUCUUCAACGAACGUUAUUCUUCUGUCUGUUGAUAUUUUCCAUUAUAUCGAUCCAUCAGUACCGAAUAGUGAGAUCGGAGCUCAUUCGUCACGAUAGAUGGUCCGAUAUCACUUCUUCUCGGCGUACGGGCAAAUCCAGUGGCAGUGAUUUCUCGAGGUCCGUCGAAUGGAGUUCGAGCACCACAGAUUUGGGCCUAGGGAUCAAACUCGAUGGCGGGGGGGACCCUUUGAUGGUUAAAGGGAUAAUGCAAGGCCUUCCUGUACCGUUCGGCGGCGUAUGUGGACUUCCCAAAUUUGGAUACGGAGCACCUCACUCAUUUCCGAAAAAGAUCAGGACGGAUCAAAAAGAUGGGCCCCCAGAAUUUAAAUUUCCCGACGAUCCACCAGCACCACCGCCGACAGUCUACAUCGGCCCACCACUGCUUCCGGGACAACAAAAUAUGGGGAUGUCUCAGAUGGGGGUUAUGCCUCAGAUGGGGGUUAUGCCUCAGAUGGGGGGUAUGCCUCAGAUGGGGAUGGGGAUGGGGAUGUCGCCGAUGGGGAUGGUAAUGUCACCGAUGAAUAUGGGAACGGGGAUGCCGCCUGUGGUCCCGAUGGCUCCCAAUCCAAUUUUGCCCCUUCCUCCCGGAACCCCGUCGCCAGCACCAUAUUCCCAAAGAGCCGCCAUGCCUAUAGGUUGCAUGUCUCAGCAACAGCCCGAAGGUUUCCCCAUCUCGCGACCUGUCCUUCCUUUCAGCAACCCAUUUGGAACUCCCCUGCCGCCUCAACCAGGAGGGGGUUGCUGCGGUGCUCCUCCUGCAAAUUAAUGGUCUCAUUACUUUAAAUACACUCGGUUUCAGAAAAAAAAUAUUUUCAUUCAAAUUUUGUAGAUUUCUGUUAGUGAUCACAUAUCACACAAGUCCUACGGUCAUACAAGGGACUGGAGUCCUUAACGUUUAAAACGUUCUACUGCUCUAAGCGGUAGAAUAUGUAGUAUGUAUCUGACGAAAAACCAAAAUUAUUUUAGAUGUAGCGGCUAAACGACUGGUAACAUAAUAUUAAAAAGAAUAUCAAUUAAACUGUAAGCUUUGUUAAAAGUUUGCAUUACAAAUAUUUUA